AUGGAUAAAAUUUCCUCAAAUUCUACUUCCAUAUUCAACAUUGUAGAUUCUAGUAAUAUUAAUGGGAAAAUUAAAGGGGAAAUCAGUAGUUUUGAAAAUAUAGAUCAUAUAGAUGCUGAAAAUGUGACUGUAAAAAGGGAACUCCCGACUAUACUGGAUAAAACAUCACUACAUGGCGCUGAAUGUAUAAUAUUGUCAUCAAAUAUAUACCUCCCACUGACAGUAUACAACAAAAUAUUUCCCCACCAACAGACAAAUAUCAAAUGGUUGGCAGAUUUACAUAACAGUAGUUCGGGUGGAAUUCUUGCAGAUGAAAUGGGAAUGGGCAAAACUGUCACAAUCGCUACGUUCAUUUACGCACUAAUGUUCUCAAACAAAUUAAAUCCCCAGUUUUUAAGUGGCCAAACACUCAACAUUCUGUUAGUAUGUCCUCCGACACUUAUGCUUCAAUGGGAGCAUGAAUUGUCUUUAUGGGCCAAAGGUAUAAAAAUUACAUAUUUUGACAAGGAUCUCGAUAUCCGUUUUUUACUGCACAACAAGAAGUGCUUUCAUUGCCUUUUUAUAACAUAUGACAUACUUAGACUGUAUAUUAAUGUGCUUAAUCGAAUUACUUUUCUGUACGUGAUUUUAGACGAAGGGCAAAAGAUCAGAAAUCCCAAUUCAAAUAUAACUCAGUGCGCAAAAACAAUUAAUACACCACACAGAAUACUAAUUUCUGGCUCUCCUAUACAAAACAAUUUGAUUGAAUUUUGGUCAUUAUUUGACUUUUGCAUCCCUGGCAAACUGGGAAUAUUACCCCUGUUUAUUGAAUUGUUUGUGGAGCCAAUACGUGCUGGUGCAUCGCUAAACUCAACAAAAUCACAAUCAUCCAUAGCAUAUAGGAGGGCAAAAGCUCUUAGGGAAUUGACAUCUCCAUUUAUUCAGCGCCAUAUAAAGUCGGAAUGUCCUGCCAUUCAACUCCCAAAGAAGACUGAACAUGUGAUAUUUUGUCAUUUAUCUCCUUUGCAAUACCAGUUAUACCACAAAGUAACGACAGACCCUUACAUCAACCGUAUCAUUAGUAAUUAUGCUAGGAUGAAGUUGGACAAAACCGAACAGUACAAUCAUAGGUAUAGAUCGGAAGGGGGGUUGGGUCGAUUGUUCAGGGUAAUAUCUCUGUUAAGGAAAAUCUGUAACCACCCAGAACUACUGAAAUGGCAGUGGAACACUGGCGAACAAUUGAACAUUGCGAGCUCGGAUUCCUAUAAAUCUGUAGACACCGAAGAUUCAUCAGAUUCAGAGGACUCCACCUAUACCCAAGAUGAGACAACUGAUCUACCCAAUGUAGGGAGUGAAAUUGUCAAUACAAACAAUUCCACUGAAGAAAAAUUAAUACCAUUGUCUGGAAAAUUAACUGUGGCACUGGAUAUAAUUUAUGAGUGGGCUAAACAGGGGCACAAAAUCUUAUUCUUUUCUCAAACUAUUAAAAUGCUAAAUAUUGUGGAAAAGUGUAUUAAAAUACCUUUCCUACGUCUUGAUGGAACAGUUGCUAUUAAGAAGAGGGGGGGGAUAGUAUACAAAUUUAAUACUUCGGAAAUACAAUUAUUAUUGUUAACGACGAGAGUUGGAGGGGUUGGACUAAAUCUAACAAGUGCCACUAGGAUAAUCAUAUUUGAUCCAGAUUGGAAUCCAAUGGUGGAUUCCCAAGCCUCGCAAAGGUGUUACAGAAUUGGUCAAACAAAACCAGUAGUUAUUCUAAGACUAGUAAAUGCCCACACGAUUGAAGAGAAGAUUUACUAUAGACAAAUUUACAAGUUCCAUCUCUCAGAAAAGAUACUUACAAAUCCCCGCAUGGAAAGGUCUAAAGUCUUUAAUGAUAUACUUGAUUUAUUUACCUGCCCUGCUCCUCCUCCAGAUUAUGUAAAUCCCGAAACUAGCUAUUUGUCAUCAGAGCUUAAGCGACAUUUGAGAAAAAUAUCCAAAUUGAAGUUUAAAAAUUCGAAUCUGAGACUUAAACGGGCGUUGGAGGAUUUUUUAGACAAAGAGGAAGACGAUAGCAAGAUUUCCGCCAUUUUGCAAAAGAAUAAAAUACAAACUGUUGUUAAACAUGAUAAAACUGUGCAACCAAUGUAUCGAAUUGAAGAAGAAGAUGAUGAUGACAGCAUACAAUUAUUGGACACUUCAUUCAAGUCUAUCCAAUCUGCAAACAUUAACAUACCUACUUGGACCGGUAGAAAAGGCUCCGCUGGAAAAUCUGUUGUGAAUGAUAUUAAAAAGGGGGUAUCUCGAAACGAACUCAAAAAAUUGCUUAUACAGUAUUUCUUAAGAUCGCCAAAGAAUUCAGCCACUAGUAGUGAAAUACUGGAGAAUUUCAGUCAUUUGGUAAAUGAAACACAAAAGAUCGAGUUCAAACUUUUGCUUAAGCGAAUUUGUACAUUAAAUACUCCGGAAGACAAAACAUCGCCCAAGUAUUGGACAUUAAACUCUAGGUAUACAAGACAUAGUUCCUAA